GCCGCCGCGCCGAACCCUUUAAAAGCGCGGGCCUUGACUGCGGUGCCGGCCCCGCGGACGCCGAGCACCGGUGGUCCCGCGUCCCUGCCCGCGGCCGCUCUCGGCCCCGGAGGCUCGCGCUCUCUGCGGCGGGACGCGCUGGGCCGGCGCGCGCUCCAUGCGGCCGCCCACCAUGUCCGGGCACUUUCUGCUCGCGCCGAUCCCGGAGUCCUCCUCCGACUACCUCCUGCCCAAGGACAUCAGACUGGCCGUGCUGGGCGCCGGCCGCGUGGGCAAGAGCGCAAUGAUUGUGCGCUUCCUGACCAAGAGAUUCAUUGGAGAUUAUGAACCCAAUACAGGCAAGUUGUACUCACGGCUUGUCUGUGUAGAGGGAGACCAGCUGUCCUUGCAGAUCCAGGACACUCCCGGGGGCAUCCAGGUCCAAGACAACCUCACCCAGCUGGUCGAUUCCCUGUCCAAGUGCGUGCAGUGGGCAGAAGGCUUUCUGCUGGUCUACUCCAUCACAGACCACGACAGCUACCAGGCCAUCCGCCCCCUUUACCAGCACAUCCGGAAGGUCCACCCUGACUCUAAGGCCCCUGUCAUCAUCGUGGGCAACAAGGGGGACCUGCUGCACGCCCGGCAGGUGCAAACGCACGACGGCAUUCAACUAGCCAACGAGCUGGGCAGCCUGUUCCUUGAAAUUUCCACCAGUGAAAACUAUGAAGAUGUCUGUGUUGUGUUUCAGCAUCUCUGCAAAGAAGUGAGUAAGCUGCACAGCCUCAGCGGGGAGAGGAGGAGAGCCUCCAUAAUCCCCCGGCCGCGCUCUCCCAACAUGCAGGACCUGAAGAGGCGCUUCAAGCAGGCUCUGUCGUCCAAAGGCAAAGCGCCCUCCGCGCUGGGGUAGCCCCCGCGGACAGACUCGGCUCCUUUUUAUUGUGCAUUUGUGCAGCUGGACACACUGGAGUCUCCCUUUUUAAUCACAAAUUCAGAGUUUAUUUUUAUACAAACUUGGUUUUCAAGUGUAUGUGUAUUUCAGAAAAUUCGAACAGUGAUUGCCUAGAAGUGGGAUGGAGUUUUGGGGGUUUUUUAAAUAAAAGAAUUUUUUUUUUUUUUUUUUACUGUAACUGUGGCCACUUUUCCAUUAAAGGCAAAAUGGCAACAUUG